AUGAAAUUAUUUUCUAAAUUUUCUAUUCCUACCUUACAAUUUCAAGUUCCACCACCACCUCCUAAUAAAAACUUUACUGAGACUCUUUAUCCAAGUCUUUCUCGAGCUGCUACUGCUAGAGGAGCUGCUGCUCGUCAUAGCAUAGUCUCUACUGAGUCGAACAAUGAAGUUGAAGUAAGCUCUUGGUCCUCUCUUGACGAUCCAUUACCUGUUAAAGAAAUUAUACCUUUAACCGCGUUUAGCGCUGAGCAAGAGAUUCACAGAGUUACACUCAAGACUCUACAGCAAUGUAUUGACUUUUUAAAAAAUUUGCCUAAUGAUGAGAGUUAUGUAUUUGAAAGUAAGUUUGUUCCUUCAAGUACUAUUGGAAAACAUGUUAGGGCCUCAACUAUCGAAGAUGAAUUUAACAAUGAAGAAUAUAACGAUUACGAUUCGGUAGAAACGAUAAAUGAAUCGCAUAAUUGGAAUGUAGAUUAUGAUAAUAAUCGAGAUCGUUAUGGUCCAAUAGAAACAUCACGCGAAACUGCUAUAAAACAAAUUUCGAAAUUACAGUCAACUAUUAUUAGUGAUUGUACAUCCAUACCAUUAAAUACUAUUAUAGAUCUAAAUGCUACGGUCGACGUUGAUGCGUCAAAUGGACCUUUAUCUUUACAAUCUACAUACGGCAGAGAAUUAUGGUUUUGCUAUUUCGGUCUCACACCUUCCACAAUCCGAAGUAUUGAGUUACCCGGAAAGUUUAUGAAGGAAUAA